ACUAAACUGUCAUGAUUUGAAAUGUCAAAUGUCAAUGUCAGACUAUCAAACGUAAAUAUUUGUUAAUCCAGAAAAAUAAAACUCGUUUAUUGUUCAACAAAAAUGGAUAAAGCUAUUAUUUUAAGGGAAGCAUUUAGUUUGUUUUUUGAUGAUGAAGAUGAAGAAGAUGAAUACAAUACUGUGGAAAUUAAUUCAAGGCGAAUUAUAAAAAAUGAGAAGUAUGCCGAAGAAGUGGUGCCGAGAUUCUCUGACAAGACUUUCAAACAACAUUUUCGAGUGAAUCCGAAUGUAUUUGAUAUGUUGUGCCAAGAACUUCUUGCUAUGGAACAACAUAAUUAUGGACCUGGUAGGGAAUCUACCGAUAUUGAAAAAAAAAUUAUGAUAACUUUAUGGUACUUAGGCAAUCCCGAAUGCAUGAGAUCGAUUGCAGAUAGAUUCGGCGUUUGCAUUGCAAACGUAUUCCGAAUUAUCACCAGCAUUUGUGAUAAUCUCAUUCAAUUAAAUAGGACGAAGAGGUUUAUAAAAUGGCCUAAUUCAGAUGAGGCUGCCAGAACGUCUGCGCAUUAUUUGCGGAAAACCCGUUUACCAGGAGUAAUUGGAUCCAUAGAUGGUUGCCAUAUAGCAAUUAGAGCACCGACUAUAUCCCCCAACUCCUAUAUAAAUCGGAAAGGAUUCCAUUCGGUUCUACUGCAAGGAGUUUGCAACCACAGACUGGAGUUUACGUACUGCUAUACUGGCGAAGCAGGUUCAAUUCAUGACGCGCUCUUAUUGAGGAGAUCAAAAAUAAUAGAUAAAAUCAACUCAGGUCAAUUCUACAUACAUGAAGAGCAGCAUCUAUUGGGAGAUUCAGCGUAUCCUCUGAAGCAGUGGCUGGUAACUCCAUACAAGGAUAAUGGGCGUUUGAGGGAUGAACACAAAAUAUUUAAUAGGGUUCAUUCCAAAUGUCGUGUUUCAAUUGAACGCGCAUUCGGAUUGCUGAAAGGCAGGUGGAGGAGACUGUUCAGUAUAAAUUCACUGAAGCCUAUAUCAAUUGUGAAAUAUAUUAUGGCCUCAUGUAUUUUACAUAAUAUAUGUAUAGCAUACAACGAUACGGCAGAAAACUUCAUCAUUCUUGAAGACGACGAAAAUAUUGACAAUGACCGUGAAGCGGACUCUAUCGACAUGCAAACAGCUCAAACAAAAAGAGAAAGUUUGAUGAAUACAUUAUUUUAAAGCUAUAUGAUAACAAAAAAGUAUUUUUUUCAUAAUAUAUGAUAUCUAUAUAAUAUGAUAAAAUAAAACAAGAAUUAUAUUUGUA